AUGAACAGACCCAAUAGCACAACAGACCCAACAAACCCAACAAAACCCAACAGCAGAACAGACCCAACAAACCCAACAGAUCCAACAAACCCAACAGCACAACAGAUCCAACAAACCCAACAGCCCAACAAACCCAACAGCCCCAACAAACACAACAGCACAACAGACCCAACAAACCCAACAGAUUCAACAGACUCAACAAACCCAACAGCACAACAAACCCAACAGACACAACAAACCCAACAGCACAACAGACCCAACAAAACCCAACAGCACAGCAAAACCCAACAGACCCAACAAAACCCGACAACACAGCAAAAUUCAACAGACCCAACAGUACAGCAAAACCCAACAGACGUACCAACAAAACCCAACAGCACAGCAAAACCCAACACACUCUCCAGGCUAUUUUAA